UGUGUGUGUGUGUGUGUGUGUGUGUGUGUGUGUGUGUGUGGACAGGUAAAGCUGGAGGUGUGUGGGAGUUUAGUUCUAACCGAUUUAGUUGGUUUAGUAUAAGGACGAUUUAAAAUACAUUUUGAUCGUUGUCCAUGUGUUUUGCGGACAGCCAGAGAGAAAUUCUACGCAACUAUCGAUCGUUUUUCAGAUGUUGCAAUCUCAGAUACGGACCUGAUAGAGUAAAGUCGACAUUCUCAGGAUAAAAAAGACCCCAUGAACAUGAAGAAAACAUACUCUGGCAUUGCGAGGUCCACUAGUGGCAGGCUGAGGAGGCCAGAGAGAGGAGAGGCAACAAGUCCUACUGGUACUGGUUCUGCGCUUAAGAGAUCAUUUGAAGUGGAGGAGGAUACAUCCACAAACCCAUCCCCUCUUUCCCGAAGAACAACCAAUCCUCUGCGUUCCUCCACCUCUUCUACGAGCAGCCGUUUCCACGACAUGAGAUCGCUCAACUCCGAGUCCACUUCCAGGCACACUUCAGAUUCCUCCUCCAACCAGCGCUCUCCAAAAUCCAGCCUGCGGCGCGUGGAGUUAUUGGGGGGCCGCGUCCCAGAGAAUGUGUCACGCAGGACAGAAAUCUCCAUCGACAUCUCCUCCAAGCAGGUGGACAGCUCACCCAGUCCCGGUAUUGCCCGCUUUGGUUUAAAGAGACCUGAGGUCUCGCUCCAGAGUAAAGUCACAGAUGGGCCUGUUCACAGAAGGGCUGAGGGUAACCACAGCAGACCCCAGGAACCUCCAACACCCCCUAGGAGAGCCGACCCACCAAUAUCCUCGUCCCGGAUCCCUGAGCUGUCCCAGAGGCGAGCAGAACCUCCCAGCCCUCUUGAGAUCUCAGCUCCAUCUAGACGGGCUGAGGUGAACAUGAACAGACAGCUGGACACACCUGCAGGGGAGUCAGAGAACAGCUUCAUCUCAGCAGCCAGCAUCACUCCUACCUUCGAUGAAUACAAAACCCCUCCAUUAGUACACGAACCCCCCGUAAGGCCUCUUGAGCGUAAGUCACAUGCUUUUUUCAUUGCUAAAUUGCUUGCUAGAUGCCUACAUGAUCUGGAUCUGAUAUUUACACUCCUCCUCACCAUGACUUCACAUUCCCAACAGCUCUGGAAAACAGGAUGGCAGCUGACCACUGAGUAUCUCUGGCUGUUGGCCCUGACUCUGUGGGGCCGUGGUGUUAAGGGGGUCCUCCACAAUUGUGAGUGUGUGAUUCGUGCAGCUCUUAUGCCUUUACAAACCCCAGGCUUCCUCUUUCUCAACUUGGCCCUUGUGGUUUUGACUGGGGAUGAUCAUGUACAGCUGGCUCCCCUGCACUUGUGUCCGGGUCAGAUGUACAUGUGUACAGGUCAGAGUGGUUUGGGGAAGUCCACACUGAUGAACACGCUCUUCAAGUCUAAGGUGAGCCGUAAGUCUUUCCCGGGCACGGCUGAGGAAAAGAUCCCCAAAACCAUCGAGAUCAAGUCCAUCAGUCAUGAUAUCGAGGAGAAAGGAGUUCGAAUGAAGCUGACGGUCAUAGACACACCAGGGUUUGGUGACCAGAUCAACAACGAGAACUGUUGGCAGCCCAUAAUGAAGUUCAUCAAUGACCAGUAUGAGCAGUACUUGCAGGAAGAGAUCAAUAUUGACAGGAAGAAGAGGAUCCCAGACUCAAGAGUGCACUGCUGCAUAUACUUCAUACCACCCACAGGACACUGUCUUAGGCCUUUGGAUGUGGAGUUCAUGAGACGUCUUAGUAAGGUGGUGAACAUUGUUCCUGUCAUCGCUAAGGCUGACACCCUGACUCUGGAGGAGAGGGACUUCUUCAAAAAGAAGAUCAGGGAAGAGCUUCGAGCCAAUGGGAUUGACGUCUAUCCACAGAAAGAGUUUGAUGAGGAUGCAGAGGACAGAAUGAUCAAUGAGAAAAUAAGAGAAAUGAUUCCUUUUGCUGUAGUAGGAAGUGACCAGGAGUAUCAGGUCAAUGGGAGAAGACUAUUGGGAAGGAAAACAAAAUGGGGAACCAUUGAAGUUGAGAAUAUUGCCCACUGUGAGUUUGCCUACCUGCGGGACCUCCUCAUAAGAACCCACAUGCAGAACAUUAAAGACAUCACCAGCAGCAUCCACUACGAGAUGUACCGUGUCCGCCGGCUCAACGAGAAUAACACCCAGGCCAACGGCCUCGGAGAGCACCAUCCGGCCUGCCGUGAAAUCUAACUCCCCCAUCCAAAUGACCCUUCCAGCUCUACCCCCAUUCUUCACUCCUUUACAAUCCCCAAACCUUCAUUCACCUUAUGCUCUGUCCUGCCCCCUUCCAUCAGCCAUGGACUGGGGUGAAGAGGUCCAUCUAGAGAAGCACAUAAUGACUUUACCUCCCAGAAGCUCCAGCACAUUGCCCUUUAAUCCUCACGCCCACUGCACGGGCACUGGAGGGGCGAAGGGGUCAAAAAUACAACUAGAGCUUCUCCAUAUACUGCAUGCGUUUGACUCACUCUGCUGAUGCUUCAGGUCUGUGUCUGUGUGCAGAGGUUGAUUAUGAGGCAGGUUCUGAUAGGUCAGGCUGUGGGAAAACUCCUCCUUUUGAUAUUGGAAUGAUUAUUUUACAAAAUAAUGCUCAGAAUUCUCCUUUUUAUGUGAUUUGUUGAAUGCUCUCUUAAUAUUUAUGAUUAAUUUUGAGCAAGACAGAUAAGAGACAAGGCUAAGCCAUCUAUUGAAACCAGAGCUGAUGUGGCAGCACAUUAAAAUUUCCAUUCCGCAUUAUAAAACUACAGGUAAUCUGAUUUCUUUCACUAGUUGCCUACGGCAUUGUGGAGAACCUGUUGUGCCACUGCUAUUUGUUUUAUCACAUCUGUGCAAAUAAUUACAGGAAAACAGUCUCAUUGGACCCCCGCUACCAUAUUAAAACAGUAAUGAUUGGGAUUACAGCUUUGGGAUUUGUGUUGGAAAGGUUUUCCAAACUGAGUAGUAUUUAUGUUGAUUAAAUGGGAUCGUUACAUGCUUUAAACAAACGAUCUUAUUUAUUGCAGAAUGUCACCUGAACUCGGAGAAUUGCAGUGUGUUCAAUAGGCUUUUAAUGAAUGAAUUAUUUUUAUUUUUUUAUCAGGCAGUAUUCAGUGCCGUUUAUCUUAAACCUUCCAGACUGCCUCGUUCUCUUCCAUGCCUCAUGUGGAAAUCUGCACCAUCUUUUGUCAGUUUAGGUGUCUCGUUUUGUCUUAGCCCGGAGGAAAGAGCCGACAGGAGAGGAAACUCAAAGUGCCAAGAUGUCUGUGUGCCUUAAAGCUGCCCGCCUUGUCUGAAGAGGAGCCACUUUUAAGAACGGUGAAAUUCCUCAGGCUUUAUUCUUGUCUGCAAACCCCUUUAUAAAUGCUCAUCAUUGGGAAAAUAUCUUUGUUUUGUCCUGUGCUGUAUAUUCAUAGUGAUAAAAUUUUUGUAUUGGUAUUCAGAGUAACACAAAUAACUUUGAUAUCCUGUUAUUUUAAAGAAAUAAAGAUUUAAAUGGUAAAUAAUUA